AUGCGCCGCGGCCUCCUCAUCUUCCUCCUCCUCCUCUUCGCCCUCCUCGCCUUCGCCAUCCACACCGUCUGGACCCUCAUCACCCUCCUCUUCGUCACCGGCGCCCGCUCCGCCAUCACCAAAGCCGAGCUGCCCUCCCCCAACUCCUCCCGCAUCGGCACGGGCCCGGCUCUCAUACCCAAAAUCUUGCACCAGACGUGGCAGAACGAGUCCAUCCCAGCUGUCUGGAAGGGCGCGCAGCAGAGCUGUCUCGACCUCCACCGCGAGGAGGACGGGUGGGAGUACAUGCUCUGGACGGACGCGAAGAUGGAGGCGUUUAUGCGCAAGGAGUAUCUGUGGUUCAUGGAGACGUUUGAUGGGUAUCCGUAUGUGAUUGAGCGGGCGGACGCGAUACGGUAUUUUGUUCUUUACCAUUAUGGAGGCGUGUAUCUGGAUCUCGACGAUGGGUGUGGAAGGGCCAUGGAGCCGUUGCUGAGUUACCCGGCGUGGGUGCGCAAGACGGUGCCGACGGGGAUCAGUAAUGAUGCGAUGGGUGCGACGCCGGGACAUCCUUUCUUCAGGAAGGUGAUAGAUUCGCUGCAGGCGUAUGAUCGGAACUGGCUCUUGCCGUACAUCACGGUAAUGGGAUCGACGGGGCCGCUGUUCUUGAGCGUGAUCUGGCGGCAUUACAGCUCGGAAGGCUUGAACGAGGAUGAUGGCGAGGUCAGGAUCUUGUUCCCGGACGAGUAUCAAGGCACGCCAUGGGCGUUUUUUACGCAUCAUUUGGGGAACAGCUGGCAUGGGGCGGAUGUGGAGUUCAUCUUCUGGAUGGCCCGCAACUGGUUCCUAGUAACCCUCAUCGGCUUCGCCCUUGGCUUCACCAUCAUCUUCGGCACUUGGUGGACCUACCACCGCCUCGUCCUCAAGAAGCCCGCCAGCGACGUGCCGAAGUGGAAGAUGGCUUCCGUCCGAUCGAAGUUUCCAUUCUGGCGGAGAGCCAGCGCGCAGAAAGAGUACGAGCUCGUGAGCCGGCAUGAGGUCUAG